CACACUAUUUAAUUCCAAAGGUCCCUGCUGACACACUGUUUAAAAGACAGAGUCCUUCAUUGACCACAUGCAUUAUUUUCAACCUCUUACCUUCACACUUUCAAAUCUGACAAGUCUUACUGCAACCAUGAAAUACUUGGCUCUGGCUUUGCUGCUAUGUUCUCUGCCUUCACUGUCAGAUGCUGCCUGCUACAGAAAGGCUGUGAAAUUGGAGUUAGGCAAGCCCCAGACCCACUGUCAGGAUGAUGUUGAUAAAACAUGGCAUCCUGUAGGAUCUACAUGGAGAAACAGUGAAUGUAUGGACUGUGAUUGCACCGAAUGUUGCUCUGCGUAUUCUACCCCCAGGCAGUUCCCUGACGACUGUGUGUCAGUGUUUGACUCAGUAGCAUGUGCAUACAUAGUGCACAAGAAGGAUGACCCCUCCGUGCAAUGUCCAAUUUAUGCUGCAGUUGGGAAAUAAUGGAGUCUGAUUGUAUUUUCUUUUGAGAGAAGCAGAUGAGUUCCCUUACUGGAUUCUCAGAGCAAUGAACAUUUUUGUUUAAAUGCAUGACCAAGAGCUGCUGAAAUGUAUUGUAUGGACAUGAAAGUAGAAAAACUCAAACCAUUGCAAA